ACAGAGCCGAGCUCCACGUGGUCAGUGUUCAGGCUAAAAGCAGAGCAGACAGCUGAGCUCAGUGAGCGACACCAUGUCUCUGUACCGCAACUCCGCCUGGUUCCUGAAGGGAAUGACUGAGUUCACCAGGUAAGAAAACUUUAUCACUGCAGAGUCUCAUUUUCUUGAAAAGACGUGCGGGGCUGGUGUGUCCUGGUACAACACAUUAUGUGAGAAUGAUGUUUAUUCUGUCUCUGUCGCAGGCGGAACCAUCCACAUGGUCUGCAGGAACAAGGACAAGGCAGAGGAGGCGAGGGCUGACAUUGUAAAGGAGACAGGAAAUAAAGAGGUCUAUGUCCACAUCCUGGACCUGUCUGAGACCAAGAGAGUCUGGGAGUUUGCUGAGGCAUUUAAGAGGAAGUACAAGGCCCUAAAUGUACUGAUCAAUAAUGCAGGAGCCAUCAUGAGCGAGAGGGAAGUGAAUGCCGAGGGGCUUGAGAAGAGCUUCGCCACCAACGUCCUUGGUGUUUACAUCCUCACCAAGAGUCUCAUUCCUCUGCUGGAGAAGAGUGCAGAUCCCAGAGUGGUGACCAACGAACAGACCUUGAUGUUAAAAUCUAUGUGUUGUUUGUGUUCAGACCGAAAGAUGGUGUCCACCCACCUGCCCCUGGCCUGGUCCCACAGCUCCCCCCAGGAAGAGCUGAAGUUAAUGUCCCUGCUGGAGGAAUUGGCCAAGUCAUUCCAGCCUCACUGAGACACCGGGACACUCGUCAUCAUGUCCAGGACCUGCACUAACGUCAUCAGUUAACACUGAGCCAGGCCGGGCUCCAGAGAGGAUCUGCGUCUGUUUGAAACAGUUUCAGUCUCUGUCAUAGAAAGAGACAAAUGGAAAACCAGACGGACUAAACUCACCUGUAACAAGCUUUUUAACUAUUUAUAUGAAAAAUUUGUUUUUCUUACUGUGAGCUCGACCUUAUAGGGAUGAAAACCUUAAACUUUUCUGAGUGGUUGAUAGUGAGGAUGCUUUCAGUGCGUUUUAUGAGGUUGAUGAGGAACAAACACACACACACACACACACACACACACUUACACAAACAACCAUCCAGUCUGUUGUUGUGACUUAAUGAACCUUGUCAAUCAGAUGGGAAUCUGAUGUGACCUAAGUCACUCCAUUAUAAACUCAUGAUACCUGUCAUGUGCUCAGUCUGAUGUUACUGUCUGCAUCAUUAACAUGCAUCAUGUACACUGAACAGCUAUGUAAGUAACUCAUGCAUUUGCUAUAGUGCAGCGUCUGUACUGUGCAGGUUGAGCUCAGGCUGGAGAUGAAGUGUUCUCUCCAUGAGCGAUGUGCCUUACCCACACCACACGGCAGCAGCAUCACUUGACAUGUGCAAUAAUGUAUUUAUCUGCCCAGCACCUUUAAAAAGGCCUUUAACUCACUGGUGUGAGGUUGUCUUGUAAAAGUCUGCUUCAAUAAACAAACAUUACUAAUGUUUCUGUGUCAUAAAAGGAACACAAUCAAAUAAACAUAUCAGAAUAAGUCCAA